AUGAAGACGGAUUUUAAGUUCUCCAAUCUACUGGGGACUGUCUAUCGCAAAGGAAAUCUUCUCUUUACGCCGGAUGGUACCUGCUUGCUUUCCCCAGUAGGCAACCAGGUCUCGGUUUUUGACCUCGUCCACAAUACUUCCUAUACUCUUCCGUUUGCGCACCGCACCAACAUCGACCGCCUUGACCUAUCUCCUAAAGGCAAUCUUUUGCUUUCCGUUGACGAGAAUGGCCGUGCUAUCUUGACGAACUUCCACCGCAGAAUUGCUAUCCAUCACUUUUCCUUCAAAGGACGGGUUUCCGCCCUCACAUUCUCACCCUCUGGUCGGCAUUUCGCCGUCGGAGUGGGUAGACGACUGCAGAUUUGGCGCACCCCAUCCACCCCCGGAACGGAGACCAAUGGAGAAAUUGAAUUCGCACCUUUUGUUUUGCACCGGGACCUUGCCGGUCAUUUCGAUAACAUCCAGCACAUUGAAUGGUCCAGCGAUUCACGAUUCAUCCUCACAGCCUCCAAGGAUUUGACCGCACGGGUAUGGAGUUUGGAUCCGGAGGAAGGGUUCGAACCGACUACUUUGGCAGGACAUCGACAGGGCGUGAAGGCAGCGUUCUUCUCUGGCGAUCAGGAAUCUAUCUACACUGUCAGUCAAGAUGGAGCUUUGUUCAGAUGGGAGUAUGUGACCAAGAAAGACCCGGAUACGAUGGAAGAUAUUGCGGAUGCCCGAUGGAGAAUUGUCAAGAAGGAUUACUUUAUGCAGAAUGACGCCAAGGUCAAUUGCACUGCAUUCCAUCCAAGCUCAAACCUCUUGGUUGUGGGCUUUUCUAAUGGAUUAUUUGGCCUCUACGACCUGCCCGAGUUUAACAUGAUUCAUCAAUUGAGUGUUUCUCAAAGUACCAUCGACAACGUGACGAUCAACAAAUCCGGCGAAUGGCUGGCAUUCGGUUCUUCGAAACACGGUCAAUUGUUGGUGUGGGAAUGGCAGUCUGAGUCGUACAUCUUGAAGCAACAAGGUCACCUUGACUCUAUGAACUCGCUCGUCUAUUCUCCUGAUGGCCAGAAAAUCGUCACCGCCGCCGAUGAUGGAAAGGUCAAGAUUUGGGAUGUAAAGUCUGGCUUCUGCAUAGUGACAUUUACAGAACACACUAGUGGUGUGACUGCAUGCGAGUUUGCCAAGAAAGGAAAUGUUUUAUUUACUGCAUCGUUGGACGGCUCUGUGAGAGCGUGGGAUCUGAUUCGAUACCGUAACUUCCGAACCUUCACCGCACCAUCUCGACUAUCAUUUUCGUCGCUUGCAGUCGACCCUAGCGGUGAAGUGAUCUGUGCAGGGUCCCCCGACUCUUUCGAUAUCCACAUUUGGUCAGUCCAGACUGGGCAGCUGCUUGAUCAAUUGUCUGGCCAUGAAGGGCCCGUUUCUACUAUGGCAUUCGCCGCAGAUGGAAAUCACCUGGUCAGUGGCAGUUGGGACCACACAGUUCGCAUCUGGAGCAUUUUCGGGAGGUCUCAAACUAGUGAGCCUUUGCAGCUCAUGUCCGAUGUUUUAAGUGUGGCAUUCCGAGCCGACGGUAAACAGGUCGCUGCGUCAACUCUGGACGGCCAGCUGUCUUUCUGGUCCGUUGAAGAUGCCGUCCAACAAAGUGGAAUUGACGGUCGUCGUGAUGUGUCGGGAGGGCGCAAGGUGUCCGAUCGUCGCACAGCUGCCAAUUCUGCGGGUACCAAGUCUUUCAACCGAAUCACUUACAGCGCUGAUGGCAGCUGUAUCCUGGCUGGUGGUAACAGCAAGUAUAUCUGCUUGUAUGAUGUGAAGACUGGUUCACUGGUGAAGAAAUUCACAGUUUCAGUCAACACUUCGAUCGAUGGAACGCAGGAGAUUUUGAACAGUCGUGACAUGACAGAGGCUGGACCUCGGGGUCUCAUUGAUGAGACAGGCGAAGCCUCUGAUCUUGAAGACCGGAUUGACCGCACCUUGCCUGGUGCGAAGCGAGGCGAUGCUGGAUCGCGUACCACACGGCCUGAAGUCCGUGUCACGUCAGUCGACUUCUCUCCCACUGGACGUGCGUUUUGCGCAGCCUCUACCGAAGGUCUUUUAAUUUACAGCUUGGAUACGGAGUUUGUAUUCGAUCCUUUCGACCUUGAUAUUGACAUUACCCCUUCGACAAUUCUUGAAACUCUGGAGGGCGCAAGAAAAGCAUCCAAGGCUGUCACGACCGACAGUGAUGACAGCUUCUUGAAGGCAUUGAUCAUGGCUUUCCGUCUCAACGAGUCGAAGCUUAUCCGCGUCGUGUACGAGGGUAUUCCUCCAUCUGACAUCCCACACGUCGUCCGAUCCGUGCCCACCGUUUACCUUCCCCGUCUCCUACGAUUUGUAGCGCACGCCGCAGAAGAGACUCCCCAUCUUGAAUUCAACUUGCGAUGGAUUGAGUCGCUUCUGAGCAGCCACGGCCGGUACUUCAAGGACAAUGCAGGUACUUUUGCGACAGAACUCCGUGCCGUGCAGCGUGCUCUUGAUGACAUCCGGGAGAACCUGAAGAAACUGACCGAAAGGAACUUCUACGAUCUCCAAUUCCUCCUUUCCAAGCCUGUCCUUGCAGGCAAAAAGAACAGCGGGGCUAUGAAGGCUAUUGACAACGCCAACUUGGAGGCCGCAAAUGGCGAUGAUGAGAACAUGGCUGACGCUGACGAAGAAGAGGGAGAAGGCGAAUGGAUAGGCCUUGAAUGA